AUGUCGGCCCUGCAGACCUUUCUGUUGGUCGUCGACCAUGACAAGCAGGAGGCCAAGCAGAUUGCCGAACGAGUCGCCCAAGACGUGGAGAGCAAGAAGGCCUCCCUGAUCGAUGUCGUCCAGUCACUGGGCGAAUAUAUCAACGACGAAGACCCCAUACUGCGAGGAAAAGCCGUCUCCUAUCUCACCGCUGUGAUCAAGGCCCUGCCUCCGAAAUUCCUCUCGAGACAACAGAUUCAGGUCCUCACGACCUUCUUUUGUGAUCGGAUUGAAGAUGGAGGCGCUAUUUCCGGACUGGAUACGCUCCAGAGAUUGGAUCGGUUCAACAAAGAGCUGGCGGAGGACGUCGCACGAGCUAUGUUCGAGCGCCUCCAAGAUCAUCAGUCUCGGUCACAGUCGCAAAGGUUCCAGGUCUACCAGCUGCUGAAUGAACUGAUGUCGAACCACCGGGCCGCUCUCCAUGAGAUGGGAGAUGACUCACUUGUCGGAAUUGUGGACCUCAUGACGGGUGAGAAGGACCCGCGCAAUCUGAUGCUUGUGUUUUCCAUUCUGAAGGUGGUCAUGGUGGAAUGGGAUAUCACGAACCAUACCGAGCUUCUGUUUGAAUCUGUAUACAACUACUUCCCGAUCACAUUCAGGCCACCACCGAAUGAUCCAUACGGGAUCACCGCUCAGGAUCUGAAAGAUCGUCUUCAGGAUUGCAUUGCUUCAACCGGCCUGUUCGCUCCGCAUGCCAUCCCAGCCUUGCUAGACAAACUUGAUUCAACGUCUCCGAAUGUGAAAAAAGACGCGCUGAAUGCACUGAUUGCCUGCAUCUCUUCAUACGACCCGAACACGGUCUCGACGCAUUCGAUCACUAUUUGGGAUGCCCUCAAGUUUGAGAUUCUCAACGCCCAGGAGGAGUUUCUCUCGGAGCUCUCCCUGCAGGCCCUGCAGGGCAUCGCCAAACGCCUAUCAGAGGGUGUGAACGAAGUUUCUGACCAGCUGCCUCUCGCCCAUUACCUGCGACCCAUCACGAGGGAAUGCAAUGAACAACUGCGGGAACCCCAGCAGAAACAGGCCAAGCCCGCUCAGCAAAUUCUGAGUGCCAUAUCCUCAGCAUCAGCCGUUGCAUUCGUUCUGGUGGUGAAGGCAGUCGUGGCGCCCCUGUUAACCAUCUAUCAAGAGGCCGACGGAAUUGCCAAACAAAGGGCUCUUCUGGAGACCCUAUCGGUUCUCUUCGAGUCUGCCGUGAAGGUCUAUGGGGAAUGGACGACACGCGACUCUGAGCCUACCGUCGAGAACCCGCUGCUCGAGUUCAAGGACCAGUUUUCAGACAUCUUGGGCCAGGCGCUUAUGGGCGUCAUUAAAGAAGAAGUCUCCUUCCGCACUUCAGCCCUCAAAGGUUUCCUCCGCCUGUCAACCCUGCGUGACUACUUCCAAGACAACGAGAUCGGCCUGUUUGUCCAGUAUCUUGACGAGAUUCUCUUGAAGGAGGAGUCCGUUGGCCGUGGCGACCUCAAGAAGGAAGCUAUCUCCGCCCUGGCGGAGAUCUCCAAGCACAAGCCCCGGCUGAUCAUGGACAUCACUUUUCCAGCAUUUGUGGCGACGCUGCCUGAUGCCGAUGACGGCACCAACACCGACUACAUGACGACCCUCGAGACCCUCGCGCAGAUCAGCAUCGAAAGGGACAUCUUUGAAACGCUCGUUCGCCGGCUCCUCAGCAAGCUGACCAUCCUACUCCAAAAGGACCAGCCCGGCUCCGCUGCCUACCCCCGCGCCAUCUUGAUGGCCAUUCUCUACGUGAUGAACCAGCGCAAGAUGGACGAGGACCCAAACAUCGACCUCUACCACGACAAGAUCGUUGUGGCCCUCUGCCGCAGCUCCGCGGCCUCCGCCUGCGGCCUCGCCAAAAACACGAUCCUCAACGACGCCGCCGUCCUCGACAUCCUUGGCCGUCUGUGCAAUCUCAUCGUGCGCUCCCUCUCGCGACCCAAGCAAGACGAGGUCGCAAAGAACGUCUACACCCUGUUCUCAGACGACGCUUUCUCCACCGUCCCCUUCGCGGAGUCCACCACCGCCGACCACCAGCGCACCAUGAUCCUCUCAACCUACCUGCUGGCGGCGCUCCCCGCCGACAGCACCACCACUAUCCCCUACACCUCCGACAGCACCAGCAUGGCCGCGCUGCUCUCCGACCUGACCAAGCGCUGCACUGCCCCCAGCGAGCCGGCCACACACCUCUCUUUCCUCCGCCACAUUGCCCUCCUAACCAAUAAAUUCCUCCCCAAGUCGGACCUUGCCCUGGCAACCGACCAACUCGACACUCUCCUCCCGCCCGACACCUCAGCAACGAGCAACAACAGCAUCGCCCUCACCACCGAGCAAAUCCAAACCAUCUUCUGGCUCUCCAAGGCCCUCAUCCUCCGCCUCGCCCCCAAAACCACCCAAAUCCUCACCACCUUGCUCCAACUGCUCUCCUCCACAGACGAGCCCACCAGCACAACCGCAGCCCGAAGCUUCGGCAUCCUCCUCGGCGACGACCCGGUGCUCUCGCCCGCCAACGGCGCCACAAUCCGCCUGCUCAGCAAACAACGCGUCUUCACCACCCUGGUCCCGCUCAUCGCCUCCAAGAUCCGCGAAGUCAACGUCGCCGAUUCCGCCUCGGCCAACGCCCCCGCAGACCACAUCAAGCCCGCCCAUCUGACCGCCCUGUCCGGCAUCCUCCGCACCAUCUCCCCGUCCCUGGUCCUCCCCGAGCUGCCCACCCUCCUUCCCCUCCUCCUGCAGAGUCUGGAUCUCGCCACCGCCGCCGAAGACUCGCAGGCCGUGCGCGCCGCUACCCUCGACACCCUCGCCGUCUUGAUCCGCGAUAACGGCGGUGUGCGCAUCAUCGACGAGUGCGGCCAUGUCCAGAGCUUGGUGACCCGUUUGCUCCGGACGACGGAAUACACUCGGUCUACCGACGGGGGUGUAGUCAAUGGGACGCGCCUGCGUGUCAAUGCACUCAAGUGCUUGUACCUUCUGGCGCAGACGCCCCAGUCUGAUGCACCGGCCAUCGCCAAGGCAGGGAAGCUGUCCCCGUUGUUGCCGGUGAAGAACCAGGUGCUGCGCGCGUUGCGUAUGGUCCUGGAUGAUCCCAAGAGAGAUGUGCGGAAGGCCGCAGUUGAUGCCCGAGCCGCUUGGUUGCGAGGCGUGGAUGAUGCCCCGGAAGAUGAUGAGUAG